AUGAAAAACAUUUACACAUUCGUUUCAUAUUUAUUGUUUAGGUUUUUUAUUCAAAAGACUAUCUGUUUAGAAUUAAAUAUCGGUAAAAUCACAGACUAUUCCAGCGGAUCUAGUCAGGUUACCGUAAAAAAAACGACAGAGUUACAAAAUUUAUAUACACAUAAGUUUUCCAAUCCAGUUUUAUUAAAAGACAUAUAUAAUGGAAAGGAAAGACUGUAUUUCGACCAGCUGCUUGUGAGCGACCAACUUUUGUUAUCUGCAUCUGUCGUAUGGUCGUUUGAAACACCUUCCAUUAUCCAAUUAAAUUUAGAACAAUCUUCUGUUUUACUUAUAAAUGAAAAAGAAUCAUUGGAUGUUCAGGCUAUUUUUUCUAAAAAAUUAGUUACAAACAUAAAGCCCAGAAUCCAUUCAGAUAUUGAUGCAAUUGUUGAUAUAAAUUUGUCUAAUAUUGCUGAUUAUGACAGUAAUAAUUCUAAAGUUUAUGUUACAAAUCUGAAAUUUUCAGAAGAUAGGUUUAAAAGGUACACAUUAAGAAAUUAUAACUUGGAGUCAACAAGAUUAGGUAAAAUAUUGUAUAAUAAUACAGAAUUGACAACUAAAUUUGAAAAUGAUGUUAAAAGGUCUACUGAGUCAAAUUUGGACAUUCCAUACAAAAACAAUGUAUAUUCAAUACAGGUUUAUGCAUAUAACAAUUUUCCUCUUUUAAUAGAAUUUUUGUACACAUUUGACAAAAGACAAUUUUAUGGCUACACACCUGAGGAAAAAUGGCAUCACGUUUACUUUCCAGCUUUUCACGAUCCUUCCUUUUUAGAUUUCUUGUAUGAUAAACUCAAUUAUUACGCUUGCAAGAAUGGGUUCAAAUAUACUAUUGACAUCAAUCAGAAAACAGAUACAAGUGAUCGUUCCUAUCAAAUAGAUAAUUACUGUAUAGGAUCAGAAGGAGUAGAAACAGUUGUAAAUAAUUUAAAGUUAGCAUCUUAUAUUAACGAAAUAAAUAUAGAACGUGUGCAUAGGUGCUUUGAACACACUCCAUCCAAUGAUAAUAAAUUUUUUAUCGACCAUUUGAUGUAUAAUUCAACUGUAAUACAGUUGAAGGACACACCAAAGGUCACAAAAAGUGUCAGAGUCUACCAACAUCUCAAUCACGAGCCUUAUUUAAUAGUUUUUGUGGACGAUUUGGACAAGCUGUAUCAUUACAAGUUCCAAAAUGGAAAGUGGAAAAACGAUGAUAAUAUUAUAUUACUACUGGAUAAAACGAGCCUAUACGAAAAGAGCCUUCAAAAAAUAUUAAACACUAUAGCACAUGUUUAUAUGUCUUUGAAUACAGACGACAAAAAAAUUAUACGAGACCGUUGGGAUUACAACGCCAAUGACGAUGCCAUUAAAACAUUGCCAGACAACCUAUCUAUAUUAACAAUAACUAAUGCUCAAGUUACAAUUAGCACGAUCCAUAACGACAAAAUUAAAAAACAUAAUAUAAUUCAAAAACUUGAACUUGAUUUUUAUUAUUUCAACAGUUACUCUACUUAUGUACAAUACUCUGGAGAUCUAACAAAUAAUUUAACUAUAACUGCAAAGAGCAAUUAUGGAAUUGACAUAAUUAAAUUUUAUUACAUUAAUAUCAUGACGUUACCAGAAGGAUCUUAUGUUCAUCGAAUCGAAUACAUUCGUGAUACUCCAACAGACGAAGUAACCAUACAUUUACACACAAACACACUUUUUGUUUACAGCUACGUAAGAAAAUAUGACGAUUGGUAUAAACCUUUUCAUUUUAUUGGAAUUACACGGAUAAAGCCUUUUAAUCAUAGCAACGAGGUAGAUAAGUAUUUUGAAAAAAUAAGGGCGCUCAAUAGGAAAAACUUUUUUAUAACUCGUAUUUUUAAACUUUCUUAA